AUGCUGCGUAUGAUUUGCCUAAUGCUGCUGCUAGUGGGCGUCUGCUCCUUAGAUGAGCUGGAAUACGAUGCACAGGUGGCACCACCACACGCAGAGGUCUAUCAACCACCGUUGAGUCUAUGGCGUGGCUUUGUGGCUCAGGUGCAAGAAGUGUUCCGUAGUUGGCGCACCACUAAGUCACCACGCGUACAGUUGCGCAGCACCACGCCCGAAACUGACGUGGAUUAUGAUGCUCAGCCAGAGCUGCAAUAUUACGGAGCCUUAAAUCCAAUUUAUUUGACGCAAAAUUUUUAG